ACUGCCAUAACGACCCGUGUAGUUGUACCUAGGAAGAUGACUACGAAGCUGGCUAGUGGUCACCGGGUGGAGGCCAUGAGCGAGGAGUGGCUGGCCAGGAUGGAGGAGGAACAGACGCUCUACAACCAUGGUAUGGUCCGCCUCAGGCCCGGAGGCUGGCUCUACCCGACGCUCUUCACCAAAUAUGCUGACACCAUCUACAACUUCAAGUUCACUGAAGGUGACGUACUUGUGAUGGGAAUGCCCAGGUCUGGGACGACCUGGAUGUUGGAGUUAGUGUGGACGAUGCUUCACAACCCCGACCUCAACAACCAGAGGGCCGACCUGCCCAUCUUCAUCAGAGCACCGCAUAUAGAGUAUGACAUUCUUAUUAGUUUAUCAGUGUGAUUGUCUUCGUAACGCCU